ACUCGUCUUCAAAGACAAGCCGCCAAUAAAUUAAUCUGAAUACCCAAAAAGACCAAAACCAAGCCACACCCAUACCCACUACCAGCAGGGUUUUUCUUUUUCAUCAAAAGCCUCUCUCUCUGUGUCAGAAAGAGAGAACCAAAAAACAAAAGAAAGGGGAAAUGGCUAUGGCAAGUUUGGCGAGACGGAAGGCGUACCUGUUGACGCGAAAUCUAUCGAAUUCGAGUUCCGAUGUAUUGAAGUACUCUCCUACGGUGACUUCCUUCUCCAGAGGAUUCGCUUCGGGAUCUGAGGAAAACGACGUCGUCGUCAUCGGCGGUGGCCCCGGUGGCUACGUGGCCGCCAUCAAAGCCGCUCAGUUGGGUCUCAAGACCGCUUGUAUUGAGAAGCGUGGUGCCCUCGGUGGCACCUGCCUCAACGUUGGUUGCAUCCCCUCCAAGGCCCUUCUACAUUCCUCCCACAUGUACCAUGAAGCUCAGCAUUCAUUUGCCAACCAUGGAGUGAAGUUUUCUUCUGUUGAGAUUGAUUUACCUGCCAUGAUGGCCCAAAAAGAUAAAGCUGUGUCUAAUCUGACUCGAGGUAUCGAAGGUCUGUUCAAGAAGAACAAAGUGAGCUAUGUAAAAGGCUAUGGCAAGCUCAUUUCUCCCUCUGAAGUUUCUGUGGAAACUCCUGAUGGGGGUAACACUGUUGUGAAAGGCAAGCAUAUUAUAAUUGCCACUGGUUCUGAUGUCAAAUCUUUACCUGGGAUCACCAUUGAUGAGAAGAGAAUUGUGUCUUCAACGGGCGCAUUAGCUUUGACGGAAAUCCCAAAGAAACUUGUGGUCAUUGGAGCAGGCUACAUUGGCCUAGAGAUGGGCUCAGUCUGGGGCCGACUUGGCUCUGAGAUAACUGUGGUUGAGUUUGCCGCAGAUAUUGUCCCAACCAUGGAUGGGGAAAUCCGUAAGCAAUUUCAGCGUUCUCUUGAGAAGCAAGGGAUGAAAUUCAUGCUCAAGACUAAGGUGGUAGGAGUUGAUUCUUCUGCAGAUGGUGUUAAGCUGACCCUUGAACCAGCAGCUGGUGGUGACCAGACCAUACUUGAAGCUGAUGUUGUUCUUGUUUCUGCUGGUAGAUCUCCAUACACAGGUGGACUUGGGCUGGACAAAAUAGGAGUGGAGACUGACAAGAUUGGACGGAUUUUAGUCAAUGAAAGGUUUUCUACAAAUGUGCCAGGUGUUUAUGCAAUUGGGGAUGUAAUACCGGGUCCUAUGUUAGCCCACAAGGCAGAAGAAGAUGGGGUUGCUUGUGUAGAGUUUAUUGCUGGUAAGACAGGCCAUGUGGACUAUGACAAGGUCCCUGGGGUCGUCUACACACACCCUGAGGUUGCCUCUGUUGGCAAGACUGAGGAGCAGGUGAAGGCACUUGGUGUUGAGUAUCGUGUUGGAAAGUUCCCUUUCAUGGCAAACAGCAGGGCCAAGGCGAUUGAUAAUGCGGAAGGAUUGGUCAAGAUACUGGCUGAGAAGGAGACAGACAAGAUAUUGGGAGUCCACAUUAUGGCACCCAAUGCUGGAGAGCUCAUUCACGAGGCAGCGAUAGCCUUACAGUACGAUGCAGCGAGUGAGGAUAUAGCACGUGUUUGCCAUGCACAUCCAACAAUGAGUGAGGCAGUGAAGGAAGCUGCCAUGGCCACUUAUGACAAGCCCAUUCACAUCUAGAAAGCUGGUUAUUAUUUUGUAAUCUUUGUUUUCAUUUUAUUUUUUGCUUCUAAGAGUUUUGGAAUGACUUGUGAAGACUUUCCUUUUUCUUAUUCAUCCACCCAUGGGAGCAGAUGAAGUUUCUGAAUAGAAAUAUGCUGUUAUAGUAUCCCUUUGUUUACAAUGACAAAAAUAACUUUGUAUGUUUUCCUCAUUUGUGCUUUAAUAACAACAUAAGAGGGGGAAUGUGGAGCCAAUGGGAAAUUACAGUC